AUGGAGAAAGGUAAGCAAAUAGACAUUGGCAACAGCAGCAGGCAAUAUAGUGGCAGCCGAGCUAAGAGCAAGAACAUGUCCAUAGAUCGUAGCAGAGUAAGAGUUUUGUUGUGUGACCGUGAUGCUGAGAGUUGUGAGGAGGUUUGCACACUACUGACAACAUGCAGUUAUCAGGUAAUAUCAGUAAGCUCUGCUGUGGAGGUGUUGGAUGCUCUGAAUGCCGAGUGGUCAUCCAUUGAUAUCAUACUUGCUGCAGUUGACCUUCCCAUAGAUGCAAGCAUGAGAAUGUUGAAAUAUAUAAUGCAGGAUCUGCAUUUCAAGCAUAUCCCAGUGAUAAUGCUGUUGACGCAGAACGAAAGCCGUUUUCUUUACAAUUUCUUAAAAUUUGGUGCUACUGAUUAUCUGGUCAAGCCACUAUGCAUUGAUGAGAUAUUAAACUUGUGGAUCCACUCUUGGAGGCAGAGGAAGCCUCCUAAGGGGCUCGAGCCGCCACAGAAGAGCAUUAGUCUUGUGGUUUCAGCUGAAGCAACUAUGAACAACAUCUUUAUCAGAGAUGAAGAGUUUCCAGAGGAUCCAGAGCCAACUUUGUGUUGGCUUGGGCUUUGGUGGGUUUUGGCUAUGGAGUCUAAGGAGCUCAAUUUGAAGAAGCACUCUGAAAAUGGUGAUGGUGAUGGUGAUGGGUUCAUUGACAGAAGCAAAGUAAGGAUCUUGUUGUGUGAUAACGACGAGUACAGUUCGGAAGAGGUUUUUGCCCUUCUGAUGUUGGUCUUUAGAUGCCACCUGUUGAAACAAUCUUGUUUAAAGCUAAACUCUUUAUUGAAAGGUGUAGAGAAUUCUGAACAUGACAAUAAGGCUAUGAAUGCCAAGAUGAAAAGCCAACUCAUUUCAGUGAGGUCUCCAAGACAGGUGAUUGAUGCAUUGAAUGCUGAAGCACCUGAUAUAGAUAUCAUACUUGCCGAAGUUGACCUUCCCAUGAGAAAAGGCUUGAAAAUUUUGAAGUAUAUCACACGGGAUAGAGAACUAAGGGACAUUCCUGUAAUCAUGAUGUCAGCACAAGAUGAGGUCUCUACUGUUGUUAAGUGCUUGAAGCUCGGAGCAGCAGACUAUCUCUUUUCUACUGCUGCUGCUAUGGAGUUUCCAGUCAAUAAUGUAUCAGAAUUUCGGCCUGAUGUCCCAGGAAUACACGACCACCAAACUGGAAAAUCUUCAUCUGGCCCAAAAAAGAGUAACCUAAAGAUGGGAGAGUCAUCAUCAUUCUUUACUUAUGUUAAAUCAAGCACACUUGCCUGCACUGAAGACAAUGUUGUUGAACAAGCGAGGAUAAAAGAGAAACAUCAAGCAUUUGGUUACCAAGUUGUGGAUGAUCCCCAAGUACACAUAAGUCGAGAGGCACGGGAAAGCUAUUCAGAAGGAGAUGACUUGCAGAGCAGUAAUAGUAGUGUCCCAGAUUCCCUUUCAUUGGAGGGGUCUGGUACCCCUCUUGGAUCAAUGUUACUUCAACAUGAAAAGAAUUUUGAGAAAGACCAAUCCUCACAGGUGCUUGUGCAUCCAAGAAAUGAACUUCAACAAGAUUUUUCUGGCUUACCUGCCCAAGCUGCCUAUCCGUAUUAUAUUCCAGGGGUUGUGAAUCAAGUUAUCAUGUCAUCAUCAACACAAGCGCAUCAAAAGAAUCCGCAUGACAUGCAAAAUCAUUCUACAACUGCUAUUAUGCCACAAUACAAUCAUAUUCCGCACUGCCCUCCAGAUGUAACUGGGAUAACUCCAUUCCCCUGCUACCAGUUUAGCAUAUGCUUACAACCUAGUCAAAUUCCUACUCAUCCAUGGCCAUCACUUGGAAUUUCAUCUUCCACUGAAGUGAAAUUAAAUAAGGUUGACAGAAGAGAGGCAGCGUUGAUUAAAUUUAGGAAAAAAAGAAUGGAGCUUUGUUUUGAUAAAAAGAUGAGGUAUGUUAACCGAAAGCGACUUGCUGAAAGGAGACCUCGUGUGCGUGGACAAUUUGUGAGGAAGGUAAGAGGUGUACAUCUGGAGCUUCAGUCAAGGGAGUACUCUCCGGAAGACGGUGCUUCUGGAUGUUAA